AUAAAUGCAGCUGCGCGGCGGGCCCAGCAAGAGCGUAGAGGAGGCGCGGUUGUGAGUCGGUUCCGGGAGUGGGGAAACCUCGGGCCAGAGGGAGCGCGGCGGCGACCGGGCUGUAGUCGGAGGUCCGAAAGGAAGUGACUAGGGAACCGGGUGGGCUGCUUUCCUUCCGGUGCUUUUGAUUUUUCUUGCCUUUUGGUCCCGGCCCACAGAGCAGAGAUCCCCUCGCAAAACGCAGAGCGACCCUCCCGUCAAUUGUUGGGCGCGGGAUCGCCGGGAGCUUCGCGGUGCCCCGAGCGCUGACCGAGCGCACCGGGCGCGGAGGCAAGGGGAGCGGAGCCGGCCGCGGGUGGGGGCCCGGACCUUGCCUGCCUCCCUCGCUCGCCCCAGCGGGUCCGCUCGCUCAGAACGCAGGGCGCGCGCGAUGAAGGCGGUGAGCCCGGUGCGCCCCUCGGGCCGUAAGGCGCCGUCGGGCUGCGGUGGCGGGGAGCUGGCGCUGCGCUGCCUGGCCGAGCACGGCCACAGCCUGGGCGGCUCGGCGGCCGCGGCGGCCGCGGCGGCGGCAGCUCGCUGCAAGGCGGCCGAGGCGGCGGCCGACGAGCCAGCGCUGUGCCUGCAGUGCGAUAUGAACGACUGCUACAGCCGCCUGCGGAGGCUGGUGCCCACCAUCCCGCCCAACAAGAAAGUCAGCAAAGUGGAGAUCCUGCAGCACGUUAUCGACUACAUCCUGGACCUGCAGCUGGCGCUGGAGACGCACCCGGCUCUGCUGAGGCAGCCGCCACCGCCGGCGCCGCCGCACCACCCAGCCGGGACCUGUCCAGCUGCACCGCCGCGGACCCCGCUCACGGCGCUCAACACUGACCCGGCCGGCGCGGUGAACAAGCAGGGCGACAGCAUUCUGUGCCGCUGAGCCGCGCUUUCCAGGUGUGCGGCCGCCUGAGCCCGAGCCAGGAGCACUAGAGAGGGAGGGGGAAGAGCAGAAGUUAGAGAAAAAGCCACCGGAGGAAAGGAAAAAAAAAUAUCAGCAAAUCCUAGAAACGUUUCAUUCGUCAUUCCAAGAGAGAGAUGAGGGAAGAAAAAUAAAACUUUCAUCUUUUUUUGUUUUGUUUUGCACGUUCAUAAACAUUCUACAUACAUAUUCUCUUUUAUCUUUUCAUUUAUAACCGCUGUGAAUUGUACAUUUCCGUGUUUUUUGGAGGUGCAGUUAAACUUUUAAGAUUAAGUGUGACCGGACUGAUAAAUAGAAGAUCACGAGUAAAUCUGACUUUAGAAACCUACUUUGUGACCAAGGAGCUCAAUUUUUGUUUUGAAGCUUUACUAAUAUACCAGAGCAUUGUAGAUAUUUUUUUUUUUGACAUCUAUUGUUUAAAAUAGAUGAUUAUAAGGGGGCAGGACACUUUCUUUUCCCUGCAAGAAUGUUACAUAUUGUAUAGAUAACUGAGUGACAUUUCAUACCAUGUAUAUAUAGAGAUGUUCUAUAAGUGUGAGAAAGUAUAUGCUUUAAUAGACUACUGUAAUUAUAAGAUAUUUUUAAUUAAAUAUUUUUUGUAAAUAUUAUGUGUGUGUUUUUUUUAAUCUAUGGGAAUAUUUCUUUUGGAAAAUUAUUUUUCAGCUCAAUUGAAGAGGUCUUGAUAUCUUGAAUGUCUUUUUGUUUGGCCUGGCUUUUUAAUUUGUUUUUGUUUUGCCCAGCGUCCUGUAGACUCGGAAGUAACAGUUAUAGCUAGUGGUCCUGCAUGACUGCAUGAGAUGUUUAAUCACACAAUAAACUUGUUCUGAGUCCACUCAAAUGUGUUUUCUUUAACCUAGAUUGAAAUCUUUGUAUGUGAAGCGUACAUGUUGAAAAUAUGCUUUAUCAGUUUCUAAGUACAGGGUCUGAUAGUGUAAUAUAUAAAGAGUAAGUGUUUGUUUUUUGUUUUUUAAGUGAGGUCAAAAUGGAUUCUGAAUGAUUUUGCAUAUAGGGUGGGGAAAUGCUUGGAUCCUAUGAGUUAAUGAAAUCUGCUGUUUUAUCAAAGUGAAAAAAGUACUUAUCAUUCUUCAUUUUACACUAAAGCUUAAUGUCACUAAGUUUCAUGUCUGUACAGAUUAUUUAAAUCAUAGAAAUGAAAAAUGUUCUCUGCUUGCUACCAAAGGACAAACUCUUGGAAAUGAACACUUUCUGCUUUCCUUCCUCCAAAGAAUAUUAAUAGGCAGCAGUGGGAGAAAAAAUUUAAAAGGCAUAAUGGCAAAUCCUUCAAGCAGGGAUAAAAGUCGAUCUUCAAACAUUAAGUAGACCAAAAAUUCUAAUGACCGCAUCUAGAUUAUUUUUUUAUAAAAAUGAUUUUCACUAUAGCUAUGUUAGUUAACCGCUAAACUACUGUCCAAUCUCUUGUGAUGUGUAACUUUUACAUGUGAAUAUUAAAGUAGACUUCUCUGUCUUGUACUGUGA